AAUGGUUUGGUCACUGCUUGUAGGAGGCUGUGUUAGCCCCCAAGGAUUCUUACACAUACUUCUGAUGAUAGAGCUUGUGCACUGCAGAUGCUGGGCCAGUGCUGUUUAAAUGAAACAAAAGGAAUAUGUGCUGUUGACGGUUUCUACACUCGCGGGACCACAAGUUGGGUAGAUGAGGGCCAAUCAAAAUGGAGCACUGGAUUAGCCUUCUUCUAGCUGAUGGACUCUAGACACUUGAAGACAAUCUGUACUAAUUAAGGAGGAACCAAAGUAAUCUAUGACCUUCAUGUAUCUGGGGUCAUCCGCAGACAGAAGGGGGGGGUGCACAUUUAUUUCAAUGUGAAACCAGAAUGGGGGAAUAUGAUAAUGAAUUUGAUGGAUGUUACUUACAAGGAAAUGAUACAUUAUUGGAUUCAGUCAAUGGCUCUUGCCAAAAGAAGACAGUUAAUCUGAAUAAGUCUGAAGCUCACAUGGAUGCUGAUGACGAGUGCCACGAUGGGGUUUGUGAGGAAGACUGUGAGGAAGAUCCAGACUACGUCUCCAUAGCUGAGGGGUGCAGCUCCCCAGUGCAAUUUGGGAUUAGGACUGGGGAGCACAGAAUGAUCAAGCACAAGGCCAGCACAAUCACUUUCUCAGAUUAUGGGUUUUCAAACAGUGGUUUGUCGAGCAUGAGCACUGAGCUUUUCAUAAACGAAGGCUCAGAUGCACAUUCCUCUUCUUCUGAAGGUGAGGACGAUGUUUUCACUGAUCUCCCACAUUACAGGGAGUUUCUGAUAGGCAGGCACAGGAGGGCACCGAGUCAGAACAAACAAAAGGAAGAACCUCUUAAAAGGAACCCUGAAGCCCCACCAGGAUGGUCCAGGGACAAGUGUGAGCCUAGCAGCACCAGCAGCAAUGAAACAGAGGAUGACCUCAAUAUUAAGCAGGAAGCAGUACAGUCCCCAUGGUCACAAUCAAUGACACAACUCAUGAAGAAGCUGGAUCAGCUGAAUGUAGAUAUUGAAGAAGCCCUCAGUGCCAGCACUUCACCGUCAGGCACGCCUGCUGUUAAACGCAGGGAGACAUGUGCCGUUACUUUGGAGACUGCACUUAACCAAGCCCUGCACAAGAAAAAGCUUGUCAAAAACAAGGAUCCAGAAUGCAGCAGGCUGGAUAGUUUACCAUAUUCAUCUUCUAUACUGUCAGGACUUGGAGCAAGACCAAAAGAGGAGGUGAGUAGCAGAAGUUAAAGAACGCACAUCACCUGUUUCGAUAGACCUAACAAGCUGUGUUUA